AUCACAGAGAGGGCCAUGGCUCACUGCGGCUCCGGAGAGGUCCUGAUAGUGGGGGGCGUUGGCUGUAACCUGCGUCUGCAGGAGAUGAUGGGGGUGAUGUGUAAGGAGAGAAAUGCCAAGCUUUUUGCCACAGAUGAACGGUUCUGCAUUGAUAACGGAGCGAUGAUUGCUCAAGCUGGCUGGGAGAUGUUUAGGUCCGGUCAGGUGACGGAGCUAGAAGACUCGUGGAUUACUCAAAGGUACAGAACAGAUGAAGUGGAGGUGACAUGGAGAGACUGAGUGACAUCUUGGUGCUACACACGCUGCUGCAGCAGGUCUGUCGUAGGACUCCCCCGAAAUAUUAAAGCAUUGUGUUAAAAAAGAGCCACAGAUUUAUUUUUUCAUUUACUACGCUACAGUUUACUUGUUUAAAAGUAAAACAUCAUCAUAUUGCUGAGGCAACGAGUGUAACAGUGGCAGAUGCAGUUUGAAAACAUUACCAACCACACAGCUAAGCAGUUUGAUUAAAAGGCAGGUCCACUUGCCAUGAAGAACACUCCAGUUUCUUUUAUGUUGUUAUGUUCCACUUGUAAUGUCAGAGGAAAAUAUGUUUUUUUUACUUUGCCAUUAUGUACAGCAAUAAAUCUGACCUUUUAAAUAAAUACAGAAAGAGUAGAAAA